UAUUAUCUUUUUCUAUACGAAUUUUCUGUAUAAUUUAUAUUCAUCAAAUAAAAGUAUUGCGUUUAUUAGGAUUCUCUUACAUAGGUUAUGCUCGAUUUUGUUCGGUUCAGUUGUUUCUUUAAAGAUGCAUUUUUAUAAAUGAAAUGUUUUAAUAGGUCACAAUUGUAUGCGUUUCACGUAUUUAUAAUAACCUUUCAUUUUGAUUCAUAUACAAAGCAUCUUAUAGUAGCAUUUAUACGACUUGCAUUUUUAUUCAGUUAUAACAUGUUGAUGAAUUCGAUUGGACGAGAUAAAUGUUUGUCAAUAACAAAUUUUUAACGAUUCUUUGAGCGUUAAAUUUAAGAAGAAAAUACGUUAAGGAUCAUGUAAUAUUGUUACGAUGAUAUUUUUAUGACAUUACUAGUGAAUUUUUAAAAAAUCAAUGAUCAUCUAUUUGUUAUUCUACACGUCAGCUUUAAGUAAAUACGCAAAAUUUUAUUCGAGACUAUCUUUCUCCAAUGUAAAGAGCAAGAAUUACGUGUAAAGUAGGCGUAUGAUUGUUUCACCUAUUUAUUGUUAAUGUUGUGGAUUGACUUUUCACUAUUUUUAUGUUGAUAAUAUUUCUAUUUGAUACGUUUUUACGAAACAGCAAUAUGGCAGAUGACAAAAAUGAAGAUACAAAAGAGGAUAAAUCCAGCGAAAAUAAAGACCAACUACGAAUGAUAGCUGCUGAAGAACGUUCGGAAUAUUUUAAAAAAUUAGAAAAAUGGUUACAUGAAGCCUAUGCUUGGCAAAGCAUGGCUGCAAUGUUUCCAUAUUAUUUAAUGUCUGGACAAAUAAUAAAUCCAUCAUCUGGUGUACCAUCAUUCUCAUCACAAGUAUCAAAUGUAGCAAAUACACAUAGGUUAAUUGUUGACACGAAUGGCCAGGAAAACGAUCCACUCAGACAAAGAAGGCCGCAAGAUUAUGUAGGACCUCCGUUCCAGCCUCCUGGAGCUGAAGGAUUUGAAUACCGUAUACCUCCAAUAUGGAAGAGAUUUGCAGCAGAAUUUAUAGAUACAAUAAUGUUGUUUCUUUUGAAGUUUUCCAUUACUUUCAUUGCUAUUGAUGUUUUUGAUUUCAUAGAUAUAGAUGAUCUAGACUUGGUACGAGCAAACUUGAGAAUUGAUUAUAAAAUGGCUUUGGAAAUGACAUAUGGCAUAUUAAUACUAGAAAUAAUUCAUCGUGUAAUAGUGUGCAUUUUUGAGGCAUUUUGGCUUCAACAUGGUGUAAAUGGUCGUAUUGGUGGUGCAACACCUGGAAAAUUCAUGAUGGGAUUAAAGGUAGUUCAGUGCCGUAGUGUUACACCUGUUGAUAGACCUGAUGAUCCUGAUGUUGUACUUGUUUCACCAGGAAUAGAUUUAGGUUUACCACUGGCACUUGGAAGAUCAGUUGUGAAGAAUAUGAUUUUAGCAUUUCUAUUUCCUAUAUGCUUUGCCUUAUUUUUCUUCAGGUUUAACAGAACUGUUUAUGACCUACUUUGUAAUUCCAUUGUGGUUGAAGAUCCUCAUAGGAACUUAAAUAAUAAUAGACUUCAUCAACAAUAAAAAGAUCAAAAAAUAUUAUACCUACAUUGUAUAUAUCGUGUGUGCACAAGCGUAUCUAAUAUGUACAUAAACGUUCAACUAAACAAAUUGAUUAUCACAAUACUACGAAGUAUUUUUCUAGAUGUAUUACGAGAAAAAUUACAAUUUCUGAAUAACAUAAAUUUACCUAUUGUUUGAGAAACAAAACUUAAUUGUCUUGAGACUUAUACCAUUGAGAUUGUACAGAUUUUAUCUAACACAGUUACUAAUAAAACAUUUUGUAAUUUA